AUGGACCACAUAGAAAGUGUCCCAGGCUCUCAAUAUGCCCCCAUUCAAGUCCCUUGUCUGAGCCCCGAGCCCUACGAUGGAAUCGACUUCUCAACCUACCCAGAGCGCGCGGGUUGGGACAUUACCCGGUUACUUGCCGGAGACUUCUCACAACACCCCGCCGAGCCAACUGGCGCCUUUCUACAGAACUGGUUAUAUUUCGGUGUCCUCUGGGAAGUCUUCGGUCCUAUAAUCAAAGGAGCCAAGGAUAAUUACGUUAAGCCGCAAGAAGGCACAGCGUAUGGAAUCAUCACCAGUGCAUCCCUCGAAGAUCAAAUUCUACAGUUAUCAUUGUUCAUCACCUCCGUAGUUCAAGGCGGGGAUGCUAUUUCCAAACAGAUGAUAGGUGAUCGAAUCACAAAAUGUCUCACGACUGUAUCCCGAUUUUGUCGUCUAGCGACAUGUGCGGGUGACUCACGUCCCGGGUUUGCAGUGUGGCCGUUAUCUCCCGAAGUCGAUCUAUCUAUCAGAGCACUAAGCCAUCGUCUAGCCUGGAGCCUUCCGUCUGGGGGGCUGGGAUCGGCGGUGAAAACCUCGGGGUUACAGUUUCCCUGUGCAUGGUUUCCACUUGCGCGCAUGCAACAGAUGGGGUGGUGUCCAAGCGAAAUCGUCAUAGUGGAAAACACGUUUACGUCUGCAUCGGCGUACUAUACGUCUCAAAUGGAGAGGCCGCCAUCUGCGGUCCAAAGAGACCAUGGUGAAUGUACGAGGAAACUCUGCGUUGCGCGACAGAUCAACGAAACAACCUACCGCACUGCACACACGAAGGCGGACUGUGACUGUCAGCAUCUAGGCCCCGCAAUGGACGAGGUGGUAUCAAUUAUUGCAUCGGGAGAUGUGCCACUGCUGUCCAUUACACCGACCAAGAAAGAGCCCUAUCUCAAAAUUGAAGUAGAAAGGUACUCUGGGUUGAAACGUUAUAUCGCCCUCUCUCAUGUCUGGUCUGACGGACUGGGGAACGCGACAGCAAAUACUCUCCCUACAUGUCAGCUACUCCGUAUUAGAGACUUACUCGACGAACUAUUGUCGGGAAUCAGGUCUGUCGACCUGGUAAACAGACUGGCCUUCGGAGACCUAUGGAAGAAGAAAUUCCGUGGACCUUCUAUCUCAUUCUGGAUCGACACUAUGUGUAUCCCCGUGGCCCCAGAACACCGCGAGCUCCGCUCAAAGGCAAUCAAAGAGAUGAAAGCCGUCUACGAGCGAGCCUUCCGUGUACUAGUCCUAGAUUCCGAUAUCCAAGAAUGUUCCACCCGCGGCUACACGCAGUCAUUCAUGCGGAUUCGAAUGUCCGCCUGGAUGCGCCGACUCUGGACACUUAACGAAGGCGUUCUGGCAAAUCGACUGUGCGUCAAAUACGCAGAUGGCAUUAUGGACGUUCAAGCUACUUCAGAAAGUUAUAGGAAACAGGUUAAAACAUCUGAAUUGUCACCUUAUUUGAACUCGUAUGGAACACCCAUGCGUGAUGCCGACUCUUUUGGUUGGAAGUUUCGCUUGUUGCGGGCGAAUAUCCUUCGGGACCCAGAUCCGAGAAUCGUACAGUCUUCAGUCGACUCUCUUUCCACGGCCGGGCAACAGCGGUGCUAUGCAAUUAUGGAGGCUUUUAGUGCUUCCUUGCAUCGCUCCACUAGUAAAGUGACGGAUGAGAUGCUCUGCUUUGCCAGCCUUAUUGGGUGGGAUACGUCUUUACUGAAGGGUAUUCCUUUUGAAGACCACAUGCAUGCCUUUUUGUCGACGGAAUCGCAGCUGCCGCAGGGGAUGUUGUUUCUCGCCGGGCCGAGGAUGCGGCAGCCCGGUUGGCGGUGGGCUGUUAAUCGGUUCGGAGAUAAUGGUGCCAUACGGCUGGAUGUUAAAUUUGACGACAUGACUCCUGGGAAUGUCAGUGAGAAUGGGUUCAUUGUGGAAUAUCCCGGGCUUGCGUUGCCGGUGGACUGUACCAGACAGCAAACCCAGAGAAUGAUUGUGGCCGUUGAGAUGGAACAUGGGGUCGUGUGUAGAGUUGAAAUCUCGCGACACGAUGAAGGUCUAAUGAGUCGAUCAGAUGAACUCGACACAGUGUCUGAAAACAUUCUGCAUGAUCGACUCUAUGUCCUCUUCUGGCGUGCUGAGACUUCAGUGGUUCCCGGGGAGCCUAUGCCGGCUGCAUUUAUUUCUGGUCCUUCCGAUGAAGACCGUGUAAAUGGGGAGGUUGUGUACCGAUUUGAGUCCCUUGGAUACGUGGAGGUGUUGGAGAUGACCGCAGGGUGGAAUUUGCAGGAGAAAGGAGAUCCGGUGGUUCAGCUGACCAGAAAGAAGUGGACUCUUGGAUAG